AUGACACCACUACUACUUUACAUUCAUUUAAUUCUCAUAUUUGUUUUUAUUGUGUUGCAGAGUAAUAUUGUAUCUUCAUCUUCAUCAUCAUCUUCUUCCAUGUUGAUGUUGUCAACUCAAAAAUGUGUACACAACCAAUGGUUAGCACUGUCACAGCUCAGAGCUCUCAACCUUCAUUCACCCGCACUAUCCCCGUUUUAUCCAUGCGACGAGAGGAACUCUUCAAAGAAGAUGAUGGAAUGGAAUAUGGAGGAAGAUUGCUGUAGUUGGGAUGGCGUUUUUUGUGACCCUGCCACCGGUUAUGUCAUCGGACUCGACCUCAGUUUCAGUAUGCUGUCCGGCGACAUUUUUCCCAUUUUCAAUCUUCACCAUCUUCAAACUCUCAAUCUUUCUUGCAACAAUUUCAACUACACUCCAUUUCCGUUCCAGGGGUUUGAGAAACUCAGGAAUUUGACCCACCUUAACCUCUCGCACACCUCUUUCUCUGGUCAGAUUCCUGUGGGGAUUUCGAUGCUGACGAGAUAAUCACAUCCAAGGUUAUGUUCCUAGUUGGCUGGGGAACAACAGCAAUCUCAAUGUGUUGGACCUUUCUGGAAAUCCAAUAGAUUUUCUUGAACCAUCAUCAGCUAUGGGAAAUACUUCAUUCAGGUCACUAUACUCUCUAGCAAUGCAUUCUUGCAACAUUUCUAAGUUCCCCAAGUUCUUGAAAGGCCUUAAUGCUUUAAAGAUUCUUGACUUUUCUGAUAACAAGAUAGAAGGUGAAAUACCAAGCUGGAUAUGGAUGCAUCAACUUCAAUUUGUGAAUAUCUCUCACAAUAUAUUAUAUAUUGUUGAUGAAUUUCCCUCAAAUAUUUCUUUAUAUGUGUUUUAUCUUUAUCUUCAUGGAAAUCUUAUCAAAGGAUCUCUUCCAUCCGGAAUAUGCAAUAUGAGCUACCUACAAGUUCUUGAUGUAUCAGAUAAUAAUUUGAGUGGUUUGAUCCCGGAGUGUCUGGUCAAGCUCGCAAGUCUAUCAGUUUUGAACUUGAAAGGAAACAGAUAUGAUCAAAUGCCUUCUACUUUUACAUUUGCUGACAAUAAUCUUCAAUCUCUGAAUAUAAAUGGCAAUCGAUUGAAAGGGAAGUUGCCAAGAUCACUGGCCAAUUGCAAAAUGCUAGAGAUUCUUGAUUUAGGAAACAAUAUGAUAUCUGAUACUUUCCCAUUUUGGUUGGAAAAACUCCCUUCACUUAAAGUUCUGAUCUUAUGAAACAACAUGUUUUAUGGUCAGGUGGAGAUUCCAAGGACGAAGUUUGUGCUGCCAAGCUUACGCAUAAUUGAUUUGUCUUCCAAUAAUUUCACCGAAAAGUUGUCUAAAUAUUUCCUGCAAAGUUUGAGUGCAAUGACUGUGGGUGGGGAAAACAAAUCAAUACCUAGCCUCAUUGGAGAGCAUGAUGAAUACUAUCAUGAUUCAGUGACCAUCGUGAACAAAGGAUAUGAGAUGGUGUUGGUUAAGAUCUUGACAAUAUUUGUGUCUUUGGAUCUGUCAAACAACAAGUUCCAUGGCAAUGUUCCGGAAGAUGGUGAACUAAAAUCACUAGUUGUGCUCAACCUGUCACAAAAUGUUCUCGAUGGGUGAAUUCCAAUAUCAUUAGGAGAGUUAUCUCAACUUGAAUCUUUGGAUUUCUCAAAGAAUAAAUUCUCAGGGACGAUUCCUCCACAACUCACCAGUCUAACAUUCCUGGAAGUAUUCAACAUGUCUUACAACCAACUAGUCGGCCACAUUCCUUUGGGUAACCAAUUUAAU